UCUGUUCUCUAUCUCUAUUUCUCAAUCUUUCCUCUCUUUCUGUCAUUGUGUACUUGUCUGUUAUCUGUCUCUGUCUGUCAGUCUGUUUGUCUGUAUUUGUCUGUGUUGCAAUGGCCACCAGAUAUGUCUUUGACCCACAAAACCCCCAGUACCAAGAGGGGAGACGCAUGGUUCUUGAAAUGGAACUUGACCGCCUUACAGCUGAAUCCAAGAGAGCAGCUUUGGAGAGGAAACGUGCAGGCUCUGGAGGAGAACCUCCACGAACCUCCAAAAGGGUCUUUAGAGGGGUAGGUCGUGGCAAGCCAAGGGGAAGGCGAGGAGGGCAACGCAAAGCCUCAGCUACAGUCACAUACCCUCCGGUUGAGUGUUCCCUGUCAUCCAGUGUGGAGGUUCCCUCAGAAAUACUAAAUCCUCAAGAGGAAUUUGAGAAAAAUAUGGAGAGGCUCUCAAAUAUUUUGGCAUCAUGUCUUUCUGCUGAGUCUCAAAGAAGCUCUGCUUCAUCAUGGUCUUUUCGGAAGCAGAAAGCCUCAGAGCGCUGGAAAGCGGCAAGACCGUACCACCUACAAUGCCUUAUCGCAAAGGAGGCUGUUGGUCAUCCCUUGUGUUGCCUUUGCCACGAGCCUGCUGUUAUUAUGUGCAGAGAGUGUCUUCCUGAGGAUUGGUUCUGUGGGGACUGUGAUGUAUUGCAUCACAAAAAACAGCCACUCCACAACAGGGAAAGUAUGAUUCAUGGGUUUUUUGAAGCCAUUCCUCCAACCUCAUGCAUCAUUAAAGGAGAAGGUGGAUAUUGCACCCAUGAGCAAGCUUGCAUUUUGCCAACUGUGAAGGUGCCAGACUGCUCCUGUGGAGGCACAAGCUUCACUGUAUUACCAGGCAAACCAGUGAUUUUGAUUACCAUCAAUGGGCGUUUUGACUUGCAUCAGCCCCUAUAUGAAUGUAAAACAUGCCAGCAGCAGUGGACUCCUGAUUCGAAGGACCUCCUUAGGAGUGGAUAUUGGCCAGCCUCUGUCAGCAAUUCAACGCUGUAUACACUGGACCUCCUGAGCUCCUUUCAGGAGCUCAAGGUCAUCGCUCCAGGAUUCUCCAGACAAGCCUUUGCAAAGCUGCUGGAGCAUCGGACUAAGUGUGGAGGAAGAAAUGGACAUAUCAACGGCGAUGCACUGCAGCGGAGCUUUUUGGAGUUUUCCUACGCUUCUUUUGAAGAAGACCAGCUCUGCUGUAGUGCACCUUUCACCUGCCCAGCCUGCACGCCGGAAAUGUUGGCUGUUUCCGCCGAUGGGAACAGAAAGCUAUAUCGCUUUCACCGAAACACAAGCUCUGAUGAUCCUAGUUUUUUUGAAGAACUCUUUGUGGCUGAAGACAGUGUGGUGUCUACAUUUGUCGACACCAUACAGAAAGCAGUGAGAAAUACACAGGGAAGAGGCGCAUGUGGGGACUCCCAGUGGACAGCAGCGAGGGAGACGUCAAGGAAGGCUUCCAAAUUGGAUGAAGAGGGGAUGGAGGUUGCUGUGUGUCGCUAUGGGUUUCUUCUGAAGGCCCUUAAUAUGUACAGAGGGGAGAUAUUUGCCUACCCCCUGUAUCUUCAAAAGGAGCUUAUGCCAGCCAAGGCAAAAUUCUUUGCUAUGGAUGUGGCUUGCAAAUAUUGGCCAUACUUGGAGAAAGCUGCUCGAGUCCUUCCUGCCCUUCAGGAGCUCAACGAAAUGAAACCCUUCCUCAGCAUAAUGCAUGCUCGAGCCCAUGCUACAAAGUGUGAGAUUAAAUGGAGUGGUAGGAACCAGGAAGGAGCAGGAACAACAGCCGGAGAGGAGGUGGAGCAAGUGAACAGCUACCUGUCACGUUGUGCCCUGACUACCAAAUAUAUGUCUAAAGCAGCACGGGUGGACAUGGUUACUUUGCACGCAGUGGGGUGGAACCACAAAAAAAGUCUCUCUCUACAUCAGGCACUUUCCACAAGAUAUGUGAAGACUUGUCAGAGACUCCAGGAUGAGACUGCAAGGCUAGAUGAACUCAAAACAGAGCUACACUGCACAGAUGAAUUGGUGUCACAGUGGCUCUCUGAUGUGAAGGAAUGGGCAGCUGAUGAGACACCAGAUACAUCUCAUGCCAGUCAAGGCACCACACACAGAGGACUUCAGCAGUCAAUUGACAGCAAGUUUCGCCAUCGCCUUCGAAGGAAGCUGGCAGAAGACAAAAAGCUCCUCCUUCAGGAGAUCCAGAAAUACAAUGGUCUUGUACAAGACACUGCCACAAACAUAGAUGUAGCUACUGUGGAGCAUUCCCUUAAUGGAGAGAGCAAUGUGUCUCAAAUAUGGCCAUGGGAGGUUCAUGGCAGUGCCAACAUUUCAAUCAAGAAGCAAUUGCAUGACCAAGUGAUGUUGGAGAUGCGACUGCAAGAGGAAAAAAGCAUUUUGGUUUUGGAGAUGGCACAACACUGCACAUGGUUGCAGAGCCUGGCAGUGGUUCUCAAGAACAAGAUGACUGAGGAGGACAAGGGAAAUGAGGGACUUUGCUGUCUCUUAAGAAGACGACUGUCAGAGGUGUCAGAACGGUUGCAAGUUGUCCUCCAACAGUACAAGACUGCUUUAGGUCCUGAGGCCUCUGUCCUUCUACAUGUUGAAGCAGAAGAUCCAAGUGGCUUCAGUAGUCCAGACACCAGUGAGGAUGAAGAGGAAAACACAGUUUAGAUGGAAGAUACACAAAGGACUGUGUUGAAGGAAAUGUACUCACCCUAUAUCUGUAUAUUAUUAAUAUGCUGAUUGAUUAAACACAUCAAAAUAUGUAUGCAUCCUAUAUUGUUGAAAAGUCUACCUUUGUUAACAAUUUAUCUGUCACUGUCUUUUUUUUGUCCUUACAAGCACAUUGUACAUUGGUACAGCAGAUUUAGCUAAUACAUUAAGUACUUGUAUAAUGCAUUAGAUUGUAUGUAACAGAAAAAUACACUGUUUUGUAUGCUAUGAUUAUACUUUAUAUUGUAUAUUACUUGUUUCCCUGUUGGUGCUUUUCAAGUUACCUUAACCUCGGUCCAGUGUCAUUAAAUACAACCUUAUGACGUGUGACAAAUAUGCAUUUGGUGUAUUUUCAAUAAAUUAUUUCCAAAGAUGA